AUGCAUGGCCAGAGUGAGAGAGAGACAUUUUCUGCACCGCUUCUGGGCGACGAUCAUAGCUCUGAUAUAUCAUCCCAUGUAGAAAGUUUGGUGGGUGUAUCAAAUGAACAAGAUCAGCCAAUGAGACGAUCAAGUUUUGAGGUGUUUGAAGAGAUCAGAAAGCUAUACGCCAUAGCCCUACCUCUCAUUGUCACUGCCCUAGUCGUGCACGGGAAAUCGGUGAUAUCGGCGCUGUUCCUGGGCCGGAUCGGGAAAGAAGCGCUGGCUGGUGUCACACUCGCUAUCGGUAUCGCCAACAUUACCGGGUACUCCGUCAUCACAGGCCUUGCCCUUGGCAUGGAGGCCAUCACCUCUCAGGCCUGCGGCGCCAGACGAUGGCCUCUUAUGGUCCAAACCCUACAACGCACGAUUACUAUCCUGACCCUCGCCUCCGUGCCCAUCUCCGUCCUUUGGUUCAAUGUCGAGCCGAUUCUCCUCCUGUGCGGCCAAGACCCGAAAAUGGUCUCGGUGGCCGCGGUCUAUCUCACCUAUGCGAUCCCGGAUCUUUUCUUCCAAUCUCUCAUCAAUCCCCUCCGGAUCUACCUCAGAUCACAAAACAUCACAAUCCCUCUAAUGCUUAGUGCAGGGUUUGGGCUUCUCCUCCAUGCCCCAAUUAACUAUCUUCUUGUCCAUCACUACAAACUCGGCGUGAAGGGCAUAGCAAUGGCACUGUCCACAACCGACCUAACCAUUUUGGCCGUCCUUGUUCUGUGCAUCUACUUCUCCAGCACCUGCAGAGAGUCAUGGCAAGCUUGGUCACUCAAGUGCUUCAAGGAGUGGAGUACUAUCCUCUGGUUGGCCAUCCCGAGUUGCAUCUCGGUGUGCCUGGAGUGGUGGUGGUACGAGCUCAUGAUCGUCCUCGCCGGGGUCCUCCCGAAUGCUGCUGAGGCCGUUGGCGCCAUGGGGGUUUUGAUCCAAGCCACUGCGUUGAUCUACAUCUUCCCCUCGUCGCUCGGGCUAGCAGUGUCGGCCCGCGUUGGGAAUGAGCUCGGUGCAGCCCGGCCCGAGUGCGCCAGGGCCACCUCCCUGGUGGCCCUCGCUUGCGCCGUCGCCACUAGCCUCGUCGUGAUGCUGUUUACGGUCGUCAUGAGGACCACGUGGGGCCGGUUCUUCACGAGGGACGAGGCUAUCCUGGCGUUGACCGCUGCGGCAUUGCCGGUGGUGGGGUUGUGCGAGCUUGGGAACUGCCCUCAGACCACCGUGUGCGGAGCAUUGAGGGGCAGCGCGAGGCCCGCUCUGGGGGCGAACAUCAACCUGGUGGCCUUCUACUUCGUCGGGCUGCCCGUGGCGGGCGUCAUGUGCUUUAAGAUCGGGAUGGGCCUCUUGGGGCUCUGGAUGGGCCUCCUCGCAGCCCAGGGAGUUUGCGCCGUCGUGAUGGUGGUCAUGUUGAUGAGGACGGAUUGGGCUGCGGAAGCAAGGAAGGCCCGAGAGCUGACGGGCGACGCCGCGGAGCAAGGCGACGGUGGAGGAGAGAAUUGCGACGAACGCCCAAAAUAG